UCUACAUGGCUCUUAUAUGUGGAUUUCAUGCAGCUAAUAUUUAAAUACGUAAAUAUCCAUGACAGCUCCGCAAAAUAUUUGAUUUUUUUGAAAAUCAAUACAAACCACAAAUUGUAAAAAGUAAUAGUACUGCUUCCUCUAUAAGAACAUGGGCCAAAUCACACUCUGCUCACUCACACAAGAAGUGCCAUUUAAGUCUAUAAUAUUACAUUCAAAUGAGUAUGGUAAAGAGGAUUUGGUCCUGUAUUUGGUCCUGGCAGAAAAUUAUGUGAAGAGUUAGAAAACGUGGCUAGAGCCUAAUCUCCUGACAGUGAUCUGAAGGGAAAAAAAAUUGGAGCAGCAUACCAAGCUAAAGCUGUCCUUGAACCAGACCCAGACCCACACCCACAAACAAAUCGGACUUCCACAGAGGGUCCUCAAUAAAGUCAAAAGAUUGAAGUAAAUGAAAGGCUAGUAAUGUGCUUUGGAGGGAAAAUCCUAUGUAGGGGAUCUGAUACUGCUCUCAGUUAAAUCAAUAACAAAAAUCUAAUCGACUUCAGUGGGAAAAGCCUCAUAAUUGUAUUUCUAAAACAAAAAAGGAGUACAGUGAGAGAGCACAAUUGUUUAAAUAUGUCUCUAAUCUAGUAAUCAAUUCCUGUUCUGACUCUCAAACAGACCCAUAUCAGGGCUCAGUGCUGGUCUAUACAUUAGAUCUCAGUUCAAUUCUAACAAAGGAAAACCUCCUUCAGAAUCAUCAUCCUCAGCAGGGCAUUUGUAAGCAAACCCCAUUCUCUCUUUACGGUUCCAGCCUGGCCCUGGGCUUCCUAAUUACAAUCAAAAGGUUAAGCUGGCCUUGUGAUCAGUGGGCUUUCGUCCUUGAACACAGAAAUGAGCUCACAGCUGAUCAUGCAGAGGCAACCGCUGGUGUGUGUCUGUGUCCCCCCUGCAGCCCGAGCCUGUUCGGAGUAGGAACCCCGCAUUACAUCACCGGCUCGCUCGCUUCUGGGGAGGGAAGGAGCAAAGCGGCGACUCCGGGGGGCUGCUGCUGAGGGUGAGAAGGGAGAGGCUCAGGAGCCCAGGCGGCUACUGCGGAGGGGCGGCCGCGCACGCAGCAGAGGCUUGAAGCCCGCAGCUGGAGGAGGAUGCAAGAGUUACGAGACAUGCAUUAAAGAGGAGGGUAAGGGGGAAAGAGGGAGACCAACCCCCCGGUCCAGCCGCCUCCUCCUUCGGCAUCCUCCCAUGCGACGGUGCCUGCACCCCAAGGGCAGCCGGGCAGCGGGCUCCAGCUCCCAGGCUGAGAGACAAGCCGGUGGGGGAGGGUCGAGCUUUUCUUUUUCGGUGGCGCUCCCUCCCUCCCCCGGCUGAGAAGAUGUUAUGGCCGAGCUGGCGGAGAAGGGCAGCGGCAGCCUAGGGACGGCGGGCGGGCAGCAGCAGCAGCAAGAUGGGGGGGCGGCGGAUGGUGGGGGGCCGGGGGAGGAGGCGGCAGCCGGGGCCGCCAAGCCCCCUAACUACGAGGACUACGAGUGCAAGAUCUGCUAUAAUUACUUCGACCUGGAGCGGCGCGCGCCCAAGCUGCUGGAGUGCCUGCACACCUUCUGCCAGGAGUGCCUGAGCCAGCUGCACCUGCGGGCCGCGCAGCGCCCCUCGCCCGCGCCCGCGCAGGCCGGCCCGCCCGGCGCCGCGCCAUGGCGGCCCGGGGCCAGCGGCACCAUCUGCUGCCCGGUGUGCCGCCACCGCACCGCCCUGCCCGACCAGCGCGUGCACAGCCUGCCCGUCAACACCAAGCUGGCCGAGGCCUUCCCCCUGCAGCUGCGGGCCCGCGACCCGCUGCCCCAGGACCGCCUGCCGCCCGUCCCGCGCCCCGCCGCCGGCCCCCAGUCGCGCCCCGCGCCCCACGAGGCGGGCCCAGCCCCGCGGCCGCAGCGCCCCGGCCCGCGCUCCUCGGGCGGCGGCUACGAGAGCUGCCAGAGCUGCAAGCGGGCGGCGCUGAGCGCGGGUUGCGUGUGCGUGGUGUUCUCCUUCCUCUCCAUGGUGGUGCUGCUCUUCACCGGCCUCAUCUUCGUCAACCAGUACGGGGGGGAGCCGCGGCCCGGCAGCUCGGCCUCCCCCUCCCCCGUGGGGCCCAUCUGCCUCUCGGUCGCCAGCAUCCUCGCCCUCUUCUCCGUCGUGGUCACCUGGCUCAUCUGCUGGCUCAAGUACCGACCCGAGGCGGGGGCCGGGGCGGCCCCCGGGAGCGGGACCCCCAGGGGGCGGGCUGCUGCUGCUGGCGGCAGGAGGAGCCACACGUAGCGCUGGGGCCGCGGCCGCCUGUUGCUGCUGCAGCCGCCGCCUGAGGCUGCCCUCCC